UCUUUAGAUAUACUAGUUUCUGGGUCUCGUGUCAACGAGCACAAAGUUAUGAAUAAAUACAUAGAUAUUACUAUUUAUUUUUAAAAGCAUGUCCAGAGUAUCAAAUAAACGUAAAAGAAAAAAAUAAAGAUAAAUUUAAAUGCGCCAUUUGCACCAAAUUAUAUAAACUUAUCACAUUAGUUUAUCGAUUAGUUGUGUUAAUUUAAAACGAGUUUUGAGUUAGGUUGGUUGUUUUUAACAUAUAGUGAUCAAUUAAUAUGUUGGAGGGCAUAUUUGAGCCAUUUCUAAUACGUUAAGGGCAUUUUUGAUCCAAUAGGUAGGAGGGGCAAAUUUGAUCCAAUAGGUAGAAGGAGGGCAUUUUUGAGCCAUUUCUAAUACGUUAGGGCCAUUUUUGACCCUUCUCCGUCGUAUGAUUAUGAAUGGUAAAAUAUCAAAAACUCAUUUUUGUAUGAUUAUAAAAGGUAAAAGUAUUAAAAUACUACCCGAUUGGACUAGAUAUUGUUUACGUCUCAUACCUUUUCCUACGGCUUGCACGACUAAAAUAUAUCACAAACCCUUUUAUCCAUCAAAAUAUUGAAAUAUGAUCCAAAAAUGUUUUCUAAGAAUAUAUUAACAUCUUUUACAGAACAUAUUUUCCAUAGGAUCCAUUUUUCUAUCAAAUAUGCCUUUGUCACCAGUUAAUUAUUUGCACUUCCUAACUCCAAAAAUAAUCAUGGACUCUGACAUCUCAAAUUCAAUUUGAAUUUUAGCAAUUUAAACUUUUUAAGAAAAAUUGUAAAAUAAUUUCCUUAGAACCAGAUUACGCUAAUCAACUUAUUUAAAAUUUGGCCUAGGAUCUCAACCAACUUGAAACUUUUUAAUUUGACUACAGUGACAAAAUCUGUUAGGCAUCUAUAAAAGCCGCACACCUCUUCAAGUUUUUUAUAUUCUACUACAAAAGGAAGUGCAUUUUUAUGUUUGAGAAUCAAAUAUGGCUAGAAAAAGGCUUAGACAUACUAGGAACUGUAGUGAAAAUGCGAGAAGCUCAAUCCUUGAUAGCAGAACAGCAAGUUUAUUUAAGAAAGCAGAAGAGUUUUCUACUCUAUGUGAUGUAGAAGUCACCAUAAUUAUCUUUAGCCCAGGGAAAAUCCAACCCAUUACUUGGCAAUCUAAAGGUCUGGCUAAGGAUGUAGUAAUGAGGUAUUUAAGUAUUCCUGAGGCCGAAAGGCUUAAAAAGUUAGUCCAAAAUGAAACCUAUCUUCUAGAAAAAAUGAAGAAGAAAGAAGAACAAAUUAGCAAAAUAGAGAAAAUAAACGAGGAGAAGGAAAUGGAACUCCUCUUCAACCAAGUUGUGGAGGGAAGGAGUUUUUAUGAAUUUGAUACUAGACAAAUUAAAGGUUUGUUAAAGUUAUCUGCUUCAAAGAUGGCUAAACUUAAUGAAAUAAAGAAACAGCCCAUUCAACCUCCAAAUCCUCCUGCCAAUAACGAACAUGUUACCCUACCAGCAAGUUUAAUAGAAGAUUUGAUGAAUGACCCAUGGUUUGUUGAGACUAUGGCUAUAUUAGGGGAUGGAAGCGGUACAGAGCCAGCACCAACGGAGGGCGAUGACGCCAAUGCUAAAGAUGAUGGAGAUGCCAAGGACCUCAAUUGAGAAUGAAAUAAUUAUGUUGUUCUAUGAUUGUUUUUUUCAUGUUGUUUUUCCAUGCUGUUCGUCUUAAUUUGUUGCAUUUUUCUAUCCAUUGCGUGUCAUUGUACUUCUUAUUUCAAUUAUUUAUGAAGGUCAUUCUGUUUUGUCAGAAAAAUGAACUAAAGUCGUUCGGAUGACCAAGUUAUUGUGUCAAAAUUUUAGACUAUGUUGAAUCUUUAUUUUUAGCCAUAUGCAUUCUCUUUCUCUUCAGUUUAGCAACUUGUUUUAUUUGAUCCAAAAGGUAUGUCAUGUGCAUUUUAAAAUUUAGGAAUUUUUAACCUAAAUAUGGCAGCCAAUUCAACUCCAUUUAAAGAAAAGCCUCAAUCUGUAAGAACUACCCGAAAUAAAUUUUCUGGUCUUCACAAUUUAUAGCUGAUCUUUCUCUUUUCUCUGCCAUAUCUCUUCCCCAUCUUCUCUUCUUCUCUACCUUUCCUCUAUUCUUCUCUGUGGGCCCCCUGCAUCCCAUCCAUCUCUUCGAAUGAUUUAGCAUGAUUACAAAUCAUGAUUUGGAAGUAUUGAUUUAAAAUUAGAUAAAUUUGAAGUGGAAAUUUAUUUGGACAUGCAAUUUUAAUCUAAAAAGUUGUACUCUUUCUAACAAAUAUGAAAAUCUCACAAUUUGUGAAAACUAUCAAAACUUCUUCAACUCUUAUACGAUCUUUCCAAAUGAGCAAACCAUAGUUCAUAAGCAAUGUAUCGGAAUAUCCUAAGGCAUUGCAUUAAUAAAUUUCAUAGCUCCUGUUCCUUUUAUAAAUAAAUGCUUGCGAUUACAUGCUAUUACAAACUUUCAAAUACAAAUAAUUUUACGAAGAUCCACUGGUCCAAUAAACCAACAAUAGCAGUAACUAGCUAUACUUCAAUAUAGUCCUCUCACAUGGUACAGACAAUCUCUUCACAUAGAGUAUGGGUCUUGUUUUUGCAAAAUAUAAACUUAUGGGUCAAGUUUUUAAUUUGAAAAAAUUGAAAUCACAAAUUUGGAAUUGAAAUCCUACCUUUUAGGUGAAUUUGGAAUUUGAAAUCAAAUUUUCGAAUUUAAGUCGAAAGUCAAAAUUUUGUUCAAAUGUCAUAAACGAACACUGAUUUCAAAUCGAAACAUCAAAUUUGAGCUCCAAAUUGCAUGGCCAAACGCCUAUUCAGUGUUUGAAGUCAUUGGUAAAGGUUGCCCAAGUCUGAAAUUGUUACCACCGAGCUUUGU